UCUUCAACCCAUCUUUACUUCUUCUUAGUUCUCUCUGUUCUGAAAAUUUACUAUAAAAAAAAUAGAGAGAGAAAAAUGGGGAGAGCACCAUGUUGUGCUAAAGAGGGAUUACGUAAAGGUCCAUGGUCUACUAAAGAAGAUUCAUUACUUAUUAAUUAUAUCAACCAAUAUGGUGAAGGCCAAUGGAGAUCUUUGCCUAAAAAUGCUGGAUUGCUUAGGUGUGGGAAAAGUUGUAGGCUAAGAUGGGUGAACUAUUUGAAGCCAGGGAUUAAAAGAGGAAAUUUUAGUGAAGAUGAAGAAGAUCUUAUAGUGAGAUUACAUUCACUUUUGGGUAAUCGUUGGUCACUAAUUGCCGGACGAUUACCUGGUCGAACAGAUAAUGAAAUCAAGAAUUAUUGGAACACACAUUUAAUCAAGAAGCUCAAAAAUGCCGGAAUUGAACCAAAACCCCACAAGAAUUUCAACAAAAAGGAAUCGAGAAAACAACCCGAAAAGGGGAAAUCAAGAAAAAAGGAGCGGAAGAAGAGCAAGAAUGAAAACUCUAAGGGUCAAAUUGUACAAGUUGAAAAGAUCAAAGUAUUUGCACCAAAGCCCAUAAGGAUUUCUUGUGUGAUUUGUAGGGACAAAAGUUUUGAAAAUGUUACAUUGAGUACUACUACUUGUUCCUCAAAUAGUAAUUUUGAAGAAGAAGAUGUUGGAAAAGAAAAGGAAAAUGAGGUCAAAUUACUUCCAAGGGACUUAGAGUUUGGUGAAUUACUUAAUGGGGAUGGAUUUUGUGAUGAAUUUCUUAUGGGAGAAAGCUACAAUUUUUCAAACAAAUGCUUAGUUGAAAUAAAUGAUAAUAUGGUGGAGAAAGUUUAUGAAGAAUAUCUUCUACUUCUUUCUGAAAUUCAAGAAGAUCAAAAGGAGCAAAAUUGUUAAUGUAAGUUUCAGUAUGGAUAGUUUUUUUUUUCUUAAAAAAAAUAAUUAUUGUUCUGACUAAUUCAGAUGAACUCUUUCUACAAAU